ACAACAACAAAAAACUAGAGAGUUGAACGCUGACAACACGGAUGUUUAAGAAUCUUCCUUGUUUAAAAUGUCUUACGACAUGAAGAAAUUCACUUUAUUUGAUAAAGGUAUCAAAUUGGUUUUAAAACCAAGCGAUCUCGAUGAAUUUGAUGAUGAUCCAGAUGUUUUAAGGGCUGAAUUAUCCUGUGGUCACGUCACUGAUCCACAGACACUGACUGACUGUUGCAGAGUUCAACUGGACGAUGGAAGAACUGAGUUCAGAUGUCCGCUGUGUGAGGAAGAAUGGCCAUAUGAUGAAGUGCGAAAACUGGCAAAACUCACAAUCCAAGAGCAAUUGAGUUUCGAGGAAAAGCUUGGGAUGAACACUGUGAAAAAGAUAGUCGACUUCAGGGAAUGUCCUGGUUGUGGCACCUUGACUGAAAGGAUGAGUGUUUCCAGUCUCUGUGUGCAGUGCUCUGUUUGCACAGCAAAGAACAGAAAGACCUUUGAGUUUUGCUGGCAGUGUGUGAGAGAGUGGAAAGGACCUGCACCUCGUGCUGAUCGGUGUGGAAAUGUGGGAUGUAUAAUCUCUGACCAGGAACUGCUGAGAGACUGUCCAUUGGUCACUUUACCAUCUGUUGGUAAUGUCCAGUGUCCAGCGAUUCGUGCCUGUCCAACUUGUGGUGUGCUGAUUGAACUCGGAAGUGAGAGAUGUAAAAUCAUGACAUGCCCAAAUUGUAAUAAGGAGUUUUGCUUUGUUUGUUUAAAACCUGUCCAUGAGUGCUUAAAAACCGCCACCGAUUUCACGCCAUGUUCAGUUGGUGUCGCACCAAGACAACUCAUUUCAGGGCUUGCAACAUUUCCAAAUCUCUGGUAGCUCUUCGGGCAGGCACUCUUCAGAUUUUCGUAGUCCAAAAUGAAUUUAACUAGCCCGAAUAAAAAAACACUUUUAGGUAGAAAAUUGGAUAGGAGUCGAAACAAAACCAUUUUCAAAAUCAAAAAUAUCAACAAUGUUAAAUAAGAGAAUCAAAUUACAAUCAUCAGUACAAAUAUGCAUUUGGUCCUAACUGAACUGAAAUUUCUAUGAAUUUGACCUGAAUCUGACUUUGAAUCUUGACCUGUCUUUUUUGGCUGAGUAGUACUUAAACACCAAUGUAAAUCUAUGUGCCUCUUUUACAUUUUAACACACACACACACACACACUCAUACACACACACACACGUACGUGUCAGCGAAUUUGACAGUUUUCUCCACUGCGCACCCAAUCGUCACAUUACAAUUAUUCAAAUUCUCAGUGUUAAGCAUGAUGAUAUGGUAACAUGUUAAACUAAAGUAGCCUGCUACACAUUUAUUUAAAAGCUAAAUUGCAUUUUUUUAAAUAGCCUAAACACAGACUACACUAUUUGCGUCGCUGCAACACAAACACAAGAAAUUAAAUACAUUCAGCCCAAGCAAAGACUGGAUAUAGACUUUAUAAUUUUAUUGUCAUACAUAAAGGGUUACACAUCACAUACCCAACACUUGAUUUGUCUUGUUAAACUACUUCACUAAAACACUCCCACACAUACUUGACUUUCCUUCUUUUGUUUAGUUUUUAAUUCUGUAAAUUUUGCAAAUUAUUACCUGAAGGGAAAAAAGCUUUAAACAUGUUAAUAUUUACAGUCAUUAUGUUGGAAAAUUCUUAUCAGAACAAUUUCUUUUAAGUUUGUGUAUAUUUUUACGUAGAGCUGAUAAGGUAUUAAGCAAUGUAGUUUUUUCCUUUGCGUUUUAUAUACUGUCCACUAGGAGGUGCCCAAGGCAUAAUUUAUCCUUGAUUUGUUUUCCCCUGAAGAGAUGUGCCGUUUUUUAAAAACGAAAGUAAAAGAGUGAUGCACGUUCAUUGCGUUUUAAAAAGUGAAAAGUUCCGUGUCUUCAAUAAAAUUAACACAUUAAUUAUUUCUCUCUCGUCCACCCGCAAUUAAUUUGAAUAUUAUAUUGUAUUAUUAUGCGGUCCGCUGGCAGUGAUACCCUACAUUUUUGGAAGAUACAAUAUCCCUGGGAUGUUGGGCUGGCGAUUUUGCGAGUCCUGCAAUUUUAUACUGUAAACUGAUGGAAGAGUUGACAUGAACAGCAGCGACACCCACUUUAAGAGCUCAGCUUUCACUAAACAGCCUAUUAAAUAAAAUAUGAAUGUAUAGCAUGUUUAUCUGUAUUAAAAUAAAUCUAUAUAGAUUAUACAAUUUGUGUGUGUAUAUUUUAAGAUUUUAGCAAAUAAAAGUAUCACACAGCAUUGUCACAUUGUUCUUUCAGGUAAAUUAUUCAGUUGCUUCCUAACUAUAUAUCCAUAGUGCUCUGAGCACAGCA